GGAUUCUGUUCUCACGCAGCGCCGAUGUGUUGUUGUUUAGAUGCGUACGAUCCGAUGGACCCCGACGGCAACAUCACGAUCAAGUGGGAUUUCAUGACCAACUCCGGGGACAUGUACAUGGUUUCGGUAAGCAUAUAUAAUUACCAGCUGUAUCGGCACAUCGAGAGACCUGGUUGGAGAUUAGGUUGGACAUGGCCUAAUGAUGAAGUGAUUUGGGAUAUGCGGGGAGCCGAAACUACCAAUCAAGGAAACUGCUCCAAGUUCAAGGGUGACAACAUCCCCCAUUGCUGCGAGAAGAGCCCCACCAUUGUGGAUUUGCUGCCAGGAACACCCUACAACAUGCAAACCAAGAACUGCUGCAGGGGAGGUGUGUUGUCUUCCCUCACCCAGGACCGAACACUGGCCAUGGCCUCCUUCCAGAUGUCCAUGGAGUCUGCUAACAUCAGCAGUCCCGCCACCGGGAAGCCAUCAAACUUCACCCUCGGGAUACCUGGUUAUACUUGCAGCAAUGCCACUGUUGUGGCACCCAGCAAGUUCCAGUUCGACAAGCAACGCACCACCCAGGCACUGAUGACAUGGGAAAUCACCUGUUCCUUCUCCCAAUUCAGGGAAUCUGCAACGCCCAGCUGCUGCGUUUCUUUGUCGACGUUCUACAACAGUACCAUAGUCUCAUGCCCUCGUUGUAGCUGUGGGUGCCAAGGAGAACCGACACAUCACCUGUGUUCACGAUGUUGCAGGGAUGGCGAGCAAUCGAAUUUUCUUCGGUUGCCAAACGGCGAUGGUGGCUCGACGACAAGCCCGGCUGUCUUGUGCACGCCGCACAUGUGCCCCAUUCGCGUGCACUGGCACGUGAAGGAGAGCUACAGAGAGUACUGGCGAGUGAAGGUGACGAUCACCAACUUCAACAUGUACAGCAACUACAGCGACUGGAAUUUGGUGAUACAGCAUCCCAACUUUCGGAGCAUACUACAAAUCUUCAGCUUCAACUACCUGCCUCUCGUCCAGUAUGGCGAGAUCAAUGAUACCGCGAUGUUUUGGGGCAUCAAACAUUACAAUGACAUGUUGAUUCAGUGCGGCGAGAACGGGAAUGUGCAGACCGAGAUGCUGCUGCACAAAGACGCUGCAGACUUUACCUUCGGUGGAGGCUGGGCUUUCCCGAGGAGGCUAUCGUUCAAUGGACAUGAUUGUGUCAUGCCGCCGCCGGAUUCGUACCCGACGAUGCCCAACGGAAGCUCCACGUUGUCCUCUCUGGUUCAUUGUGUCUCCCUGGUUCUCUCGUCGUUCUUGUUGUCUGUAGUCUUGCUGCUCUUGUAAUCCCAUUUGAAUGGUUUUGGACUGCAGUAAUGGAAUUCUCAUGUGAAGUUUAGAGAUUGCAACGUUGAUUCAAAGGAUUUUGUUUA